AUGUCAGAUGAUCAGUUUCAAGCGAGUGGAAACUGGUGGGAAUCAGCAAGAAACGUCAGGUUUGAGAGUGGGGAAACGCAGUCUUCUUCUUCUGGUCUCACCAACAUAGGAAACUAUGCUUGGCAGCAUGACAUGGCAAGGUCUUCUUCCAUGGAUAACUCUGCCUCAGGUGGUUCCUCUGUGGUUUUCCAUGACCAGAAGCAACUUCAAGUUCACCCACAUCAUGACUCAUCGGCCACAAAUUCCACCAAUGACCACCCCAACUUGCACAUGAUGGGCUUGGGCCUCUCAUCCCAAGCCAUGGACUGGAAUCAAGCAUCUUUGCAGCUGCGAGGUGAAAAGGGUUCGGAGAGCAGUUUCAGGUCGAUGUUGCAAGAGAAUUUGAGCUCAUCAGGCACCACUUUUCAGCAAGAAAGUGGGAGUAACAAUAUUGCGUUGUCUCAUCAUCAACAAGUUCAUUGGAGGCCAGAAAAGUUGUUCUCUGUGGAGUCGUCAAGCAAUGAAUUCAAGAGAGGUUUCUCCUUGGACCAGACACAGUUCAGUCCUCAAUAUAGCUCUGGGGACAGCACUGUCACAAGCCAAGGUUUGCCUUGUACUUUUCAGAUGGAUUAUGUUGGCAACCCUUCUUCAAUAUUACAAGGACUUUUGGGACAAGAGAGCAAUAACCAACAACCCCACCAAGGUGGUAGUGAUUCGUUUGAGAAUCGUCCCAUGAAUUUUCCUUACUCAGCAACAAGCUAUGGGUUAAGCUCAAACAUGGAGUUGGUGCCUUCUUGGUCAAAAGUUCCUCAGUUCUUGAGAGCUUCACCACCAAAGCAACCACCCAAUAACCAGUUGCAUUUCACCAACAACGCUCCCUUUUGGAACGCUAGUUCUGAGCCUGCUAUAAAGGAUGCUCGAUCCAGCUUCAUCCCCUCUUUGCAAUCCCCCUUCUCCCCAUCCAAUUUCGAUGUUCAAUCGAAGAAUAUAUCUGAAGUUAGGGACUCGGGUGUGGUGAAGAAAAGUGGGAGUGAAACAGCACCAAAAAGGCCCAGGAACGAAACCCCAUCUCCUUUGCCAGCUUUUAAGGUGAGAAAAGAGAAGAUGGGGGACAGAAUCACUGCACUCCAACAAUUGGUUUCACCUUUCGGAAAGACUGAUACAGCAUCAGUGCUCUCUGAAGCCAUUGAAUAUAUCAAAUUCCUCCAUGAACAAGUCACCGUUUUAAGCACCCCUUAUAUGAAAAGUGGUGUUCCCACACAGCAUCAGCAGAGUUCUGGUAAAUCGAAGGAAUCUGAGGGUCCAAAGCAAGAUCUUAGAAGCCGAGGGCUAUGUCUGGUGCCAGUUUCUAGUACAUUUCCUGUGACUCAUGAACCCACAGUUGAAUAUUGGACACCAACAUUUGGAGGAACUUACAGAUAG